CCUCGCUUGAACCAGAACUAGAUCGGAACGUUAUAUUGUAAGGUGUAAUUUGAAAAAAUAGUUCAAGGACUUGUGUCGACUAGUUCAAAUAUAGUGACUAGUGUUUCGGGACUGUCAGAAAAAUUUCAGGAACUUUUCAAGAAUAAAAUUUGACAUCGACAAUCCUAGGCAGACAUGGUAAUCGCAGAAUAAAGUGAAUGCUUUUAAACUGUUACAAAAGGUGGAAAAUAAAACAACGAAUAUGAUACGAGAAGGGAUUAUCGGAAAACUGCUCCUGCUCCUCGCAAUUGUUUUGCCAUUGGGAUCAGGACAGAACAGCACCCUGAAGAUCAACACGAACGUGAAGGACAUCGAGGCCGGGGCCUUGGCCCUGCCCUCCAUCCAGGGACCCGGGAACAUUUGCAUCCGCGAGGAGCCCUACGUGGAGCAUGUCCAGGUGCCGGAGAUGCAGCCGGUGCGUGUGCGCACCUCCAGUUGGUGCAUGGAGAUUCCACCGAGGUGCGCCACCUUCAAGACGGAAAUGCGCGAGGUGAUGAGGGUCCAGAAAUUGAACAAGACGCGCACAGUUCGCUUUUGCUGCCAAGGCUACGAGGGAAAUCUAUCCGAUAGCCAGGCCACAUGCAAGCCCAUUUGCCGGGGCGGCUGUGGGCGUGGCAGUUGCGUGAUGCCCGAUACUUGCAGCUGCGAGGAGGGCUAUAUUGGCAAGCAUUGCACUCAGCGCUGUGAUCACGAUCGUUGGGGUCUGGACUGCAAAAAUCUAUGCCAGUGUCAAAAUGGAGCAGCCUGCGACAAUAAAUCGGGACUUUGUCACUGCAUUGCCGGCUGGACAGGACAAUUUUGCGAGCUGCCCUGUCCACAGGGAACUUACGGUAUCAUGUGCCGCAAGGCCUGCGACUGCGACGAGAAUCCUUGCAAUCCCCAAACGGGCGCCUGCAUUCAGCAUGAGCAUCCUCUUCAGCUGAAUGUGAGCCACGUCAUCGUGGAGACUGUGAACUCCACGCUGGAGAAGAUGGGUAUUAUUCCGCGUCCCACCACCCCCGUUCCCCUGCCGGAGGUCAUAGUAAUCAAGCAACCGGCCAGCCACGAAAAUGCCCAGCACUCGCCAAAGAUCAUUGUCCAUCAAUCGGGCAGUGAUCUGCUAGAGAAUCUCCAUACGGCUGCAGCCGCCGGGGUACCCACUCCGGAUGUCAUCCACGUCAUCACCAAUGGAAUCACCUCCCCGCAGGAGCACUUGGCCGGAUUCGUCGGAGGUGACUCCAACACCAGUCAGACGGCGACGGCUGAUCAACAGUCCGGCUUGGUGAUCACACUGGUCAGCAUAAUGCUCCUCCUGCUGGUCGCCAUUGCGUUGGGUUCACUGUACGUGUAUCGGAGGUAUCACCACAAAAACUCUGCCGUAUACAAUGCCAACGGAACGGUGACCACGCUGCCUGCGAAUCCGGAGGUGGUUCUCACCGAAGCCGCGGCCCUGGGAAAAAACUUCCACGAACCACUGCCCGAGCCGCCGGUGGCCUUUGCGGUCACUCCCCAACUGAACGAGGCACAACCAGAAUUAUAUGACACUCCCAGCAAUAACUCCUCAAUUAAAACCCCACCCUACGCCUAUGCUAGGAAGGAGUCCCUCUACUCGGUGGUUUCGCCCAAGUCUCGAAAGGGAAGCCUGGACUCGCAUCUGUACGACGAGAUCCGCUACCACCAGCAGCAGCACCACCAGCAGCAGCACCACCCACGGAACCAUCAGCAUGUCCAGCACUCCACCACCGCCUCCGCUUUCCUGCCGGCCAGGCCACUGGUGAUGCCAGUGAACGACCAGUUCUCCAAUGGAGGUCUUCAUCCCCAUCAGCGAUCGCAUCAUGUCACCCACUUGAUAAUUCCGCCACAGAACUCCAACUUCUUGCAGGUUCCUGCUCAAAUCACAGCCAAAAGAGUUGCCCACCUGUAAGUUUGAUUGCUGAUACCAGAGAUUUUUCUACAUAUGAAAAUGCGUUACAUAUUGUACAAAUAUAUUUUAAUUUAAACUUAAAAUGUGGUUUUCAACAUACACCAGGUAAUCUUGUACCAAAUUUUUUAAUAAAUCUACAUUUUAAGUCUGCGAGUUUUCACAACUAUACUUAUUUUUAUGACAUAUUUAGACCAUUACAUUUAUGUACAGGUGUAAACCCAAAUGAUGCAAUUAGCAAGUAACUUUAACAAUCAGCUAACUAUAUUGAUUAUAGGAAAUAUAUUUGAUUUGAACUGGGAAUCACGAAAACGAAUUAAAUAUUUUUAGCAAAUUAAUUCAUAAAUCAUAUUUAGAUAUUAUAAUUGUAUAUUGUAUUAGUAGGUUAGGUGCGUCACCUUAUUUGUAUCACUCUCCAAAGUUGAAUUAGCAUGGUUAAAGGUUACUGUAUUCUUUAGGGGUACUUUUUCUUUAGAUAAGACUCUUAUAUCCAUAAAAAUAUAGUCAGCCAAUAGAUUAAGUUUCGUUAAGUUCUACGUUUGUGGCGUGUGCAAAUUGCCGCAUCGUAAUAGCCUUUUAAAUAUUUAAAAAUAUAUU